CAAGUUGUCAGCACACUGCUGUAUGCGGCUCGACACUGCUGACAUGGAUACGCUACUGUUACCAAUUUCGUUGCUUUUGAUCAUUCAUUUGACAGAUUCUCUAUCUCAAAGAGCAAUAUUUUCAACAUCGCCAAAUCAUAUCUACCACUCGCUGUUUGAUGAUGGUGUCAUAAAAAGAAGCCACACUUCCCUCAAGUUCAAGGUUAAAGCCUGCGGUGAUGCGAAUGUAGCCCUGCAGACGCUGUACCAGAAUUCAAACACACAGAUGUACGAAGUCGUCCUAGGUGGCUGGAGCAACAGCAAAUCCGUGUUCAGACGGUGUGCCAAGUGUGAUUCACUCAUGGAGUACAGUGGAGCUGUGGUAUCCUGUUCUCAGUACAAACAAUUCUGGACGAACUGGGUCGAUGGUACAGUUAAGGUGGGACGCGGUGCCACAGUGGGUCAAGACGAGAUCCUCUCCUACACAGAUCCGAAUCCACAUGCUAUUAACUACUUUGCUGCUGCUACCGGAUGGGGAUCAUCUGGGGAAUGGAUAUUUGAUCUCUGUGAGUCCAGUCUGCAGUUUAAGUUUCUCCAGAACAACGCAAAGUAUGACGGUGGCACAAACAGAGAUUCCAAGAUAGUUCUGUCAAGAGUAGACUGUCCAGUCACCUGUCUCUCUCUCAUCUGGUGUCAAGGAUUUAGUCAUGCCUCGUCCACAAACACCUGCAACAUGUUUGAUGGUAUUCCACCAACAACAGCUCUUACCUCUGCUACAGGAUGGGAGACUUGGAUUGUUUCACUGUGAUUAUUUCUUUAAAAUGCUGUUUUCCAGAUUCGUACUGUUUUCCUACAAACCCCUACACCCCACCUAGUGCAUAGUACAGUAAACGUUGUUCAGUAGUGAACAUAAUGCAGCGAACAUAUUUUGUCAUGACUAAUUAUAAGUGUUAUCUCCACACCGUUAAUUCUGAAACAAUGCUAUUUUUAUCUCUAUUCUGUUGUUGAGUGUAUGGUAAUUGUUACGAUCUUAUAGAGAAAUAAAUCUGUACUGAGUUUUAGCAAAUUUGUUUCUAUAGAUUCUGUGUAUAGGGAGAAACACAUGCUUGUGCGACAUUGUCUCCGACCCGACGAUGCAUUCCGAUUAGGAAUACAAAGUUUAAAGCAUAUGUGAUAUUUUAAAUUUUCCUUAACAUUUACAAAUAGAUUAUGAAUGAAAUAACAAAAAGGGGAUCGAAAUUUUAUAAGAAAAAAUAUUGACGCAAAACUUUGCAGAACAGCAUUAUUAGAGGACUUAAGGGAGUGAGAGAGUGAAUGGGAGAGUGAGUGAGUGAGUGAGGUUUUACACCGCUUUGUCCAGGUUUAAACUUGUCUUUCUUGCUACACUACAUGUCCAGACGGUCAGACAAUAGUAAGGAGAAUCAAUCAUGAUCAGUGAAACAUGUAUCCGUCAGUUGCACAGUUUCUGUUGUUACUGUUAAAUGUUAAAAGCCCCAACUCUAUUCUCCUGUUGAUGCAAAUUAAGGUUCAUUAGUCGAGGUUUGUGUUGUGUAUUCUUCCUCGUAUGUUGAAAAAAUAUAACCAGUAUGAAUAAGUCAGAAGAGAGAGGACUUUGAGAACACCCAGCAAGUCCUAUUCAAUCACCGGUAAUGUAAGAAUCGAUAUGUUUCUACAGUGAUUAUAUUGUUUGAAUUGACAUGUGACACACUCUGAAGUGAAAUCAACGAGACCUGGUGAUUAAUGUGAAACGGUUAAUCAGGAAUCAGUUAGUAUAACACUGCAUGUUUCUUUCUAUAAAUAUGCAUUGCAGUUUCGCAAAGGAACCCUUGCAAAAUGCUAUUGAAGUCUGCGACCAGAGUAGACUUAUCACGGAAUCAGAUCGGACUCAAAAGGUCUCUAACUAGCCUGCGUUUCCUGUAAGAUCGCACACAUGUGUUUAUAUUUAGUUUUGUUUUGCUUGUUUGUUGUUUAACGCCGCACUAGUUUGCUAUGAUACA